AUGGAUCUAUCAUAUCCUAAUCUGUCGGAGACAGAGAUAAAAGAAGAGAUUUUGUCGGAAGUGCACCAGUGGGCAUUGGCCAAUGGGCUGGUGAUGUAUCCUCCUGCUUUCAGCUCUGAACAAGCAACCAUUGUGCCUACUACUCUGUAUCCGACGUAUUUGCCAAGAUCAAGUUUCGAGAAGGUUGUCUCUCUACAGAAGACUUAUAACAAGCUAUAUGCUGAUAUAUCGCGGGACUCUUCCGGAGGCUGGCUGACUCAAGAGUCAAUCAAAUUGGCAAAAUAUGACAAUGAAUUUACUGGCAAGCUUUGGGAGCUGUAUUUGAAGGCUAAGAAGCAGGGGAUAGCGCAGAAAUUGCGGCUUGGAAUAUUCAGGUCCGAUUAUUUGAUAGACAAAAGGACUAAUGAAGCUAAACAGGUGGAGUUUAACACCAUCUCAGUUUCGUUUGGUGCUUCCUCUACUAAAGUUGGCGAAUUGCAUGACUUUUUAAACAAAGCGGGAAAGUAUUCGGCAAAUUCUGGCGAUCGCUUUUACCAGUCUGAGAUUCCCGUAUCUGACUCUACUCCCCUGCUAGCAAAAGGUCUGGCAAUAGCUGCUGAAAGUUAUCAGGGUUUGAGUGAGAGAAAAGUAGUGGCUUUCAUCGUCCAGGAUAAUGAACGAAAUGCUUUCGACCAGAGGACUAUUGAGUUCCAACUUUUGAAGGCCCACUGCAUUAAAUCAGUUAGAAUAACUCUGGGCGAUUUGCACAACCGCACUACCUUAGACCCCGAGAGCAAGAGGCUCUUUGUCAAGAAAACUGGUGAGGAGAUUGCUGUGGUUUACUUCAGAGCAGGAUACUCUCCGUCAGAAUACAAAAGUGAAAGGGAUUGGGAAAAUAGAUUACUUCUAGAGACGAGCUAUGCUAUUAAGGCACCCGAUAUUUUAACACACCUUUCGGGGACUAAAAAAAUCCAGCAGCUUUUGACGGAUGAAGAUAUUCUAGCUAAAUUUAUUCCAGAUGUCAUUGUCAGAAAGCAAAUGCUUUCGACAUUUGUGAAGAUUUAUCCUCUUGAUGAUUCUGCACUGGGACAAGAAGGCAAGAAGUUAGCCUUUAAAUCGCCCUCAAAAUUCGUUCUGAAGCCUCAAAGAGAAGGAGGAGGUAAUAACGUUUACAAGCAGGACAUUCCAUUGUUCUUGGAAAAACUUGACGAAAAGGAUUGGAGCGCAUAUAUCUUGAUGGAACUCAUUGAACCUAAUGAAACAACAGAAAACGUUGUGGUUCGCGGAAAUAGUUUUUUCAGAGAACCUAUCAUCAGUGAGCUUGGCAUCUUUGGCUGCAUUCUUUUCGAUGAUACCGAUGUGCAUCUCAAUGAAUAUUCCGGUUGGUUGUUGAGAUCGAAAUUUAGCGGCUCUAACGAAGGUGGGGUGGCUGCAGGAUUUGGAUGUGUAGACAGCGUGAUGCUGUACUAG